CAUGACCCAAAUAUCGCGAUUUUUGAAGAUGUGAGUCAGAAGCUGAAAACAAUGGCAAAUGAACACGAACAGAAGUGGGACCGAUGCCUAGCUGAUAGCGCUGUGAAGAUAGCGACCGGCCUUGGCGUGGGGAUUGUGUUCUCAGUCCUCUUCUUCAAACGGCGCACUUGGCCAGUGGCAUUUGGAUCAGGUGUGGGGCUGGGCAUGGGCUACUCCAACUGCCAGCAGGACUUCAGGUCACUUUACCAGCUCCAUGGUCACAGGGUAAAGGAACAGUAGAAGACUGAGGAGAGUUGGCUGAUGUAGAAGUUGUCUCGUCCUCAUUAUUUUGCUGCUUGUUUUUAUUUUAUUUUGCUGCUUGUCUCCCUGCCACCCAAUGUAUUUACUGUGUGAGUCUCACAGGACAGUCGUGUAUUUUUGUGUAUAUAUAAGUAAUGAAUCAUUUGACAGAAAAUUCCUGAUUUACUUCUGUCUUGUAUCUGUGUGAAUAAAGUUUGAAUGCUAACAAAGAA